AUGGCGUCUGCGGGUCUUCAGAUCUUUGGCAUCUUCCUGGCAUCCAUUGGCUUUUUGGGAGACAUCAUCAUCUGCGCCCUGCCGAUGUGGAAGGUGUCUGCUUUCAUUGGGAACAACAUAGUGACGGCGCAGGUCUUCUGGGAGGGCCUGUGGAUGAACUGUGUGAAGCAGAGCACCGGCCAGAUGCAGUGCAAGGUCUACGACUCCAUGCUGGCUCUGCCCCAAGACCUGCAGGCGGCCCGGGCCCUCGUCGUCAUCUCCAUCCUGGUCGCCUUCAUGGGAAUCCUGCUCGCCGUCGCAGGAGGAAAGUGCACCAACUGCAUUGAAGAUGAGGUGGCCAAGAGCAAAGUAGCCAUUGUUGCAGGGGUGUUCUUCAUCAUCGGUGGCAUCAUGUGCUUGAUCCCUGUGUCUUGGUCUGCGAACGAGGUCAUCAGGAGCUUCUACAAUCCCGUUGUGAUCGACGCACAGAGGAGGGAGCUGGGAGCGUCACUGUUCAUCGGCUGGGGAUCAGCAGGACUCCUGUUCAUUGGAGGUGCACUUCUGUGUUGUCAGUGUCAGCAGCGUAAAGAUAGCAGAUACUCUGUCAAAUACUCUGCCCCACGCUCAGCAGCGAGUGGAGGAGCCUACGUUUAA